AUGAUGUUAAAAAACACGGAAGCGGACAUGCGACCGGGCAAACAGCAACAGCUCAUGUUGGCCGGGUUCGGCGGUCCCCAAAUGCUGGUGGCGGACGCGCUGCAAGUCGGCGGCGGAGUUGGCGUGGACGCUGUCGACGACGACGACGACGACGAUUGCGGCGUCGACCGCAAGGACGGCAUGUACACGGCGAUGGCCAUGAAGGCAUCGCCGUCGGCCGGUCUACAGGACGGCAACGGUUUCUGGAUGGCCGCCGUGUCGGCCACCGGACCGCAAAUGGACCACCACGCCGUCGCUGCCGCCGCCGCCGCCGAUUACCAACCGGCACCGGUGCCGGAUUACAUGAUGCACCACGUCAUGGGCGGCGGCGGAGGCAACGACAACGUGUCGCCGGCCGACCAACAACAGCACCAAAUGUACCAAAUGCAGGGCGACCAGCAAACGGGCGGCGGCGGAGGCGGCCAGCAGGAGUACCCUUGGAUGAAGGAGAAAAAGACCACCAGGAAAAACAACCAUCAAGGUGUAAUACGAACAUCAGAUUUGUUUGACAAACAUCAAAACGGAUUGCCCAGGAGACUCCGAACCGCCUACACGAACACUCAGCUGUUGGAGUUGGAAAAGGAAUUUCAUUUCAGCAAGUACUUGUGUCGGCCCCGAAGGAUCGAGAUCGCCGCUUCCUUGGACUUAACCGAAAGACAGGUGAAAGUAUGGUUCCAAAACAGACGGAUGAAGCACAAGCGACAGACGAUCAACAAGUCGGGAGAGGACGGCGACGACAAGGAUUCGCAGAGUUCUGGCACGACCAGUAAGCACGGCGGUAAGUCGUCCGGGGGCGGCGACAAGCAACAGCAGCUGGACGACAAGAAGAGCUGUCAGAACUGUGACAUGCCGCCCGGAAUCAUGCUCGACCACCACGGAUCCCGGAACAGCGGCGGCGUAGGCGGCGGCGGCGACAGCAGCGCGGGCAGCGUCAGCUCUUUCGACACCAAGAUGGAGGACGACUCGCGCAGCAACGAGGACGCCGUGUUGCAGAUGCCGUCGGUCAAGCGCGAACCGUCCGCGGCCGCGAUAAAGGCGGAACAUAUGCAGCAGGUGGUCGGCGGCAAGAAAGCGGCGUGCCCGAAAGAUCCGUCCACCGGACGACUGCAGUUGGACAUGAUAUCGCCGGACUUGGGAAAGGCGUUGAAAGCCGUCACUUCUGCGCCGUCCGUGGGAAGUCUGACGCCGUCCACGCCCGAGACACCGUCCACCGCGCUGUCCAGUCCGCUCGGGGCGGCCGCCAUGUAUCAGCAGCAGCAACAGCUCGAACACACGGCAUCCACGUCACCGGCGGCCGGACCGCCCGCCAAGUCUCCUUACGGCCGCACCGACAGCGGCGGUCCGUACCGACAACAGCAGUACGGCGGCAAACAACAACAACAGCAGCAGCAGCAACACAACAACUUCGCCAAAGACUGCUACCUGUCGCAGUACCCGACAACGCAGGCUCGGUGGUACAUGUCGCCGGAGACGUCGUCGCCACCGUCGUCGUACAAGACGGCCAAAAUCGUCGGGGCCGGCGUCCAGAGUCCGGUAACCAGAGCUCAAACGGGCCAUUGCCGUAAUCAAUACCAAAAUUACGCGGCGGCGGCGCAAUAUUGCAACGGAUACAGCGGUUACCAGCCGCCGGUAGGCGAUGCGUACCAACAGCAGACGGCGGCAGGAUACCAUCAAGGUCGGCAGACGGCGUACCAACAGCACCAACACCACCAACAGACGACGGCGGCCGGUUACGACGAUUACCAUCAUCUCAACUACGCGGGCACGUACCAGGCGACCGGUCACGGUUACGUCAACGGACACCAUCAUCACGGUCACCACCAUCAACAGUCGCAGCAGCAACAACAACAACAACAACAAUCGCAGCACCAUCAACAGCAUCAACUGCACGACGCCACCGCCGCCGCCGGUCCUUUAUACAACAACGUGGAUUAUCACCACGGCGGCCGGUACAAGACUCCCGUCGGAAGCGGUCACCAGUAUUACGAUCCGGCCACCGUGGCCGGUGCGGCCGGCACCGUUCCCGCGGAAUUGGACGUCGCUACCGCCGCGUUCGCCGAUCAGUUCCACGCGCACAACUCGUCCGUGACGAUGACGCCGCCCAACAGCGUGCGGGCCGCCGAUUCGUCCGGCGAUCAGUUUAACAGUUUCCAUCAUUUCUACAACAACAAUAAUAAUAACAACAACAGCGUACCCGAACAACAUUGUCAGGCACAGCAACAACAGACCGGCGGCGUGGCCGUGGCCGCUACUGCCGUCAUGCCAGUGGCCGCCGCCCAUCACGUGGCUCAUCACGCGGCCGACAACAGCAACAGCUCGUCCGACUUCAACUUCCUCAGCAACUUGGCUAACGAGUUCGUGCCCGAAUACUAUCAGCUCAGCUGAGAUUCGCCUUAUUACUAAUUGUCGCUAAGGCUUGACAACUUAUGUGCAAUGGGUUUGGCAAAAAAAUGUGUUUUUUUAAAUCAAAAUUUGUUUUUUUUCUCGUUGGGCUUUUGUGUUUGUCUUAUGUCACAAAAUUUAAUGAAGGAUAGGAUUGGGACUUCAACAGUGAUUUUGAUUUCAAAAUGGGGUCUCUUUUUAGUUUCGGUCGAAACUGUUUAUUAAUUAGCUUUUAAGAACGACAAAGUUAGACAGAGGCUGGUCCAAGAGUAAAUCCACCACUGUUCCUUGGCUUCUAAGGACCUUGUCUAGUACAUUAAACGUUCAUACCGUUCAAAAAGCUCACAAUACAUAUAACAAACAUUUAUAUUGUUUUCGUUGUUUCUAAGUCUUUUUUUUUUUUUGUGUUUUGGUUGUUACGUUUAAUUUUUGGUUAACCGGCUACGAGUAUUUAUUAUAAAACAAUUUGUAUUCACCGGUCAAAUAGUAUGUCGAAUCCAAAACCAGUUAUUUCAAACUUAUAACAAAAAAAGCUUAUUUCGGAGUUAUCUCUAUUGAACUAUUCGACUUGUGGUUACAUACAAUUACUAAU